GAACAAAAUAACCUUAUGCAUUCAUUCUGCUAGCAAACAGAGGGACUGUGUGAAGAUGUGGAGAUUAACGUGCAUCACAAUGAUCCUGCUCAUAUGUGCCAAAGGUUCACUUUCUCAGUUUAUUGUUUGUGGACAAGCUCCUCUAAACACCCGUAUUGUUGGUGGUGUGAACGCACCUGAAGGGUCUUGGCCGUGGCAGGUCAGUCUGCAGCAUUCUGGAUAUCACUUUUGCGGAGGCUCUCUCAUCAACAACGAAUGGGUGCUGACAGCAGCUCACUGUUUACCUGGUGUCAGCACAUCCAGUCUGCUUGUGUAUUUGGGAAGGAGGACACAGCAGGGAGUCAAUGCCAAUGAGAUCAGCAGAACCGUGAGAACGAUAAUCGUUCACCCCUCUUAUAACAGCAACACAAACGACAAUGACAUCGCUCUGCUCCGGCUGUCCUCCACAGUCACCUUUAAUAACUACAUUAGACCCGUGUGUCUGGCGGCCCAGAACAGCGUCUUCCCUUCUGGCACCAGCAGCUGGAUCACAGGCUGGGGAGAUACUCAAUCUGGAGUGAACCUACCUUCUCCUGGGAUUCUGCAGGAGACUAUGAUUCCAGUGGUGGACAAUGUUCAAUGUAAUAAUCUGAUGGGUUCUGGAUCUGUUACUAGCAACAUGAUGUGUGCUGGUUUAAUACAGGGAGGCAAAGACACCUGCCAGGGGGAUUCUGGUGGUCCGAUGGUGAGUAAGCAGUGUACAGUGUGGGUUCAGUCUGGGAUCACCAGCUGGGGUUACGGCUGUGCCAGGCCCAACUCUCCUGGAGUUUACACCAGUGUGUCUCGAUAUCAGAGUUGGAUCACAAACAACCUGGGACAAAACCUGCCGGGAUUUGUCACCUUCAGUGCCUCAAACUCAUGCUCCGGCAGCCUAACCUCAACCUCCUGUAGCGGGAGAUGUAACGAGAAGUACAACAGUAACUUCCGCUGCAACUGCAAUACUAACUGCAUUUUAAACUGCUGCAAAGAUUAUAGACAGCUUUGUACCUUGUGAGGUGUCCCAUAAUUCCAUGGAUUAUUUAAUCACACAUUUAUAAUCAUGUCACUUGCACAUAAAUCAGAUUAACUUUAUCUGAUUGUUCUGCGAGGAGAUUUUAAAUCAGUACCACUUUGGAUGAGUUGCACAGUCAGGAAUGAGCACCAGUCAAAGAAAUUGCUGCACUGACUUCACUCAGAGCUGUAAAUGCAUAUUGUUUAUGUUCAACAUACUUAUAUGUCUAACAGUACUUUCCUCACUCCAUUAGUAGAAUCCUUGUCUCUUUUUUUUCUCUUUUUCAAUUUCUAGCAUGUCAUUAUUUAGUGUCAAUUGUAGCCAUGGGCAACUUUCCUUAAUUUAAGCAUUUGACUUUUCUUAUAUAUAAAAAAAAUUGUCAUCUAAUUACCUAAUGUUUAAAAUUGAUCUGAUCAUUUAUUAUUUCUGCUGAUAAAUGAGUGGUUACUUCUUCAAAGUGGUCAUGAACUGCCUUUUUUAUUGUUUUUAGUGUUCUCUAAGGUCCACAUCAGGGGCGGACUUAACCAUUAGUCAAAGGCCGACGACUGCCUUGGGCCCCCUGAAAUGUUUUUCAUAAACCAGGUGCACAUUAAUUGCAGACAUGCUAACAGUUACUGUAUAUGAUUAUUAUUAUCAAGACAAAUGCACGACAUGACAGCGUUGAAUGGGC